AUGCUACUGAAUACACGGCUUUCGCCAACACUUGUUGGCAUAUGUGAUUUUAAUGCGUUAAAAUUACGUGAUCAUAAUACUAAUAUUAAUACAAGAAAUUAUCUUUCAUCUAAAACACCUCCGCCUGUAUCUUAUCGCGAUUUACGUACAGUUGUUACAAAUCGAAUUCCAUCAAAUAUUGUUAUUUUAUCGAAAAGAUCUUCUUCUCCGUUAUCAUCGACUACAUCGAUAUUGCAACAACGAAAAACUGAUUAUGAAAAAAAACAAAAGCAACCAGGUUUCGACGUUUAUCGAUCUCUAGUUCGAUCUAUAUCACAUUGUUCAAUAGCUGCUGAACGAGAUAUAUCAAAUGAUGAAAUGAAUCGUUUGGCAAAUUCAGUUACCAUUGAUCGAGUACCUUUGUUACCAAGUACUGACUUUUUCUAUCCACAUAAUUUAUCGAAACUUUCAAAACAUGAUACUAAUUCUAAUCAUAAACGAAAAUCAUGUAGUAAAAAACAGAUCAACAAUGAAUCAUUGGCAUCAUCCUGUUGUGAACCCGUUGAAUCUGUGCAACCAGUGUCACCAGAUAUGCUUGAUCGAAUAACAACAACUACUAAUCGCCAUGAUGAUGAAAAUAGUGAUCGAAUGAGUACAACAACAAUGCAAAAUAUGUUGACAUGUACACCGAGAGCUUGCAUCCGUAAACAAUUACAUGUUUAUGUACCACAAAUAUCUUUCUAG